CCGCCAUCACUGGUGCGGCGGCUUCGUUGUCUAGGGCGGUGCGCCCGGCGCUGGUAUUCCGCCCUGCCGACAGGCCGCGGCUCACGAGGGAAAACGACGAGGGGCGAGUCAGAGGAGGGCCGGAGAACGGAGGGUCCUGAAGGGGCUGAGAGAACCCAGCGGCCUCCGCCCCUCCUGGGCGCGCGGCGCCGCAUCGGGAACUGUCAUGGCUGCCCGGCUCACGUGACUCGGGCUGUCCGCCCUUGUUUCCUGUCGCUCGCGCUCGGGAGCGCCCGUUCCGCGACUCGCCUUGUUUCCCUCCUGCAGGCGCGGACCCUGCCUGGCUCCCCCGAGAAGGACUGCGGGACGGACUCGGAGAAGUCCGAAAACAUUUGGGGAAAAUGACCCAUUGGUUUCAUAGGAACCCAUUGAAAGCUACAGCUCCGGUAUCUUUUAACUACUAUGGUGUAGUUACUAGCCCCGCUGCUUCAAAAAUUUGCAAUGAGUUGAGGUCAUCCAGGACACGCUUGCUUGAACUGUUGACUGACUUGAGCUGUAAUCCAGAAAUGAUGAAGAAUGCAGUAGAUUCAUACUUUUCACUUUUGCAAGGUUUCAUAAAUUCAUUGGAUGAAUCUACCCAGGAAAGCAAGUUACGAUAUAUUCAAAAUUUCAAAUGGACUGAUACAUUACAAGGACAAGUCCCAAGUGCCCAGCAGGAUGCUGUUUUUGAAUUAAUUUCCAUGGGAUUUAAUGUAGCUCUAUGGUACACCAAAUAUGCUUCAAGACUGGCUGGAAAAGAAAACAUAACAGAAGAUGAAGCAAAAGAAGUUCAUCGAAGCCUAAAAAUUGCAGCUGGGAUUUUUAAACACUUAAAGGAAAAUCAUAUCCCAAAACUUAUUACACCUGCAGAAAAGGGAAGGGAUCUGGAAGCACGGCUCAUAGAUACUUACACUGUCCAGUGUCAGGCUGAAGCUCAAGAAGUCACAAUUGCUCGAGCAAUUGAGCUAAAACAUGCCCCAGGACUAGUUGCUGCCCUGGCAUACGAAACAGCCAAUUUCUAUCAAAAAGCUGAUCAUACUUUAUCCAGUUUGGAUCCUGCAUACUGUGCAAAAUGGAGAAAAUAUCUUCACUUAAAAAUGUGCUUCUACAUGGCUUAUGCUUACUGUUAUCAUGGUCAGACUUUGUUGGCUAGUGAUAAGUGUGGUGAAGCAAUCAGGUCUCUCCAAGAAGCAGAAAAAUUCUAUGCAAAGGCCGAAACUUUAUGCAAAGAGUAUGGUGAGACCAAAGGCCCUGGGCCAACAGUCAAGCCUUCUGCACACCUGUUCUUUAGGAAACUUGGCAGUCUGGUGAAGAAUACCCUAGAAAAGUGCCAAAGGGAAAAUGGAUUUAUUUACUUCCAAAAAAUUCCAACCGAAGCCCCACAACUGGAACUCAAAGCAAAUUAUGGCCUUGUGGAGCCUGUACCUUUCGACUUUCCUCCUACGAGUGCUCAGUGGACAUCAGAAACAUUGGCUGCGUUUGACCUCACCAAGAGACCCAAGGAUGACAGUACCAAGCCUAAAGCAGAAGAAGAAGUAAAACCUGUGAAAGAACCAGAUAUCAAACCUCAGAAGGACACUGGGUGCUCUGUUUCCUAACAUUUGCUGACACAUUGUGCACUUUGAAUCUCUCUACUAGCAGAUAAGAUUAACAGUGGAGCUUUUCUUUCACGUUUCUUUGAAAUUUCUCUGAAGGUUGUAGGCCAGCUCAUCACAUUCAGAGAGAAUAUGCCUUCAGUUUCUCUGUUCUUUAUCUUUAAUACAGUGGAGAUAUUUCCUACUUAGUUUCCAGACUCUCCUUUUUAAUCAGGACAACACUGGAAAGAUUUUACUGUGCCUCUAAAGAAUAUAUUCAGGGAGGUUGGAUCAUUUUUUGAAGUCUGAGCAGUUUCAGGUUAAUAUAUUAAGGAUCAGAAUCGUGUGAUUUCAGAUAUAUUUUUCUACCUUUAAAAAAAGUUUCCCUUAUUUGACACCAGAAAAAUGACAGGAAUCAGUUUU